CAUAACAGAAGAGCUGAAGCCUGAAGCCGGGGCACAAACAUGCAGCAGUUUGGCUAAAGAAGCGGGAGAUCUGGAAGACCAGCAAGCGCCGGGAAAUAAACACUUGUCACAACCACCUGCACGCAAGGUUUCCACCGUUGAACCUCAGCCCAGUGCUGACCACUGCAGUGUUCCUCCAGUGACAAACCCGUCCGUUUUGUAUGAGCUGGGCUGAUUCUGUGAAGCCACGUGUGGUCGUGCCCCCUGAGGCAUGAGUGUGGGACGGUCCCACCGUCAGAGCUUAGUGACCUGUGAGGAGGAAGGCCUCAGACUGAGUACCAUGCCUGCUGUGGGCAGCUUUGGCAAUGGCAAGAUUCACACCAGACGCCGAUACCAUGGACGCUUUGUCAGCAAGACCGGACAGUGCAACAUCCAUUUCGCCAACAUGGAUGAGAAGCCACUGCGGUACAUGUCUGACAUUUUCACCACUUGCGUGGACAUCCGCUGGCGAUACAUGUUCCUGCUCUUCAGUUUGGUUUUUGUGGUGUCCUGGCUGACGUUCGGCUUGGCGUUUUAUGUCAUCGGUGUCAUGCACGGUGAUAUGGAGCAUCACAAAGAGGAAGAAACUUUUAUCCCCUGUGUCAUACAGGUCAACACCUUUGUGGCAGCCUUCCUGUUCUCCAUUGAGACCCAGACGACCAUAGGCUACGGUGCCCGCUGUGUGACGGAGGAAUGUCCAAUCGCCGUCUUCAUGGUGGUCUUCCAGUCCAUCAUGGGCUGCAUCAUCGAUGCCUUCAUGAUCGGAGCAAUCAUGGCUAAGAUGGCCCGGCCCAAAAAACGUGCCCAGACUUUACUGUUCAGCCAGAACGCCGUCAUCGCUUUACGUGAUGGAAAGUUGUGUCUGAUGUUUCGUGUUGCAAAUCUAAGGAAGAGCCACAUCGUGGAAGCUCACGUCCGGGCCCAGCUGGUCAAACCACGGUUCACGGAGGAGGGCGAGUACAUUCCGCUGGAUCAGAUGGACAUGAAUGUCGGCUACGACAAAGGCACAGAUCGCCUUUUCCUGGUUGCCCCGCUCACUAUCAUCCACGAGAUUGAUGAAGAGAGUCCAUUGUUUGGCAUCAGCAAGCAGGAUCUGGAAAUAACUGACUUUGAGAUCGUUAUUAUACUCGAAGGACUGGUGGAGGCCACAGCUAUGACCACACAGGCACGCACGUCCUACCUGUCCUCUGAGAUUUUGUGGGGUCACCGCUUUGAGCCCGUCAUCUUUGAGGAGAAAAGCCAGUACAGGAUAGACUACGCCUACUUUCACAAAACAUUUGAGGUGCCGUCCACGCCUAGGUGUAGCGCCAAGGAAAUGGAGGAAAGAAAAUUUUCAUCAUCUGCAGCAAACUCGUUCUGCUAUGAGAACGAACUGGCCUUCAGCAGCAGGGACGAAGAGGACGAGGAGGAUGGGGAGAAGGAGCAGGCCAGGAAAUAUUCAACAGAGCUGGUGAAUGAGAUUAACUUUCCUCCAGGUGAGCAAAUGUCCUCUGGUACAGAAUCAGCAAUUUAACCUUUUGGUUGUGGCUUGUUUUUCAAUCCAGAGCAAUACGGUUGUCUUGUGAAGAACCCCAUGACUGUCAUUCCACUGACAUGAGGACACCGCAGAAGACGGGUCUGCUGCAGGCGGAGGACCAGCAGAGACAGAGCUCCAUCACACAAGCAAGACUCAAACUCAUCACAUUUCCCACAGAAUGAGAUGAAGGUUUUUGCUUCCCUCUGAUGGUUAAGGCGCUUUACCGAAAUGCAAACAAACAUUCUCAUGUUUCAAUUUGCAAAACCUAGGAAUAAAGUGCAUGAUAGCAUUAUAGCAUAGUUUCGUAUGGAUAUUUCUGAGAUAUAUAUUUGAGUGUUGGUACUGGACAGCCUGCAGGGGCCACUCUCGCUUAAAAAGUAUGUAAUCGUCGGAGUGUGGCAUUAAACUGAAACACUUUUAAGGUGGAAUGUAAAGCUAAUGUGGAAACGUCUCGGAGCCAACGUGGCAGAAACAUAGUGGCAGAUAGUGGGGGGGUGGGGGUGAUGGGGAUGUUGUAAAGUACAAAACAAUAAGACAGUCUGGAUUACAAAUACUGUAGCUAUGGAGAUGCAUGAAGAGUUAGACUUGUAACCACCAUUAAAAUCACAGAGGAACACAUCUGUCUUUAUACUCGUCGUCUAUUACAAGUAGACGAACCUGAAGAAGUGUCGUCUACACUUCGACCAUGUCCAACCGAGAAAAAAGAAUUUUUUCUCAAAUAUUUACAAUAUACAGUAUAUAUACAUAUAUAUGUAUAUAUAGUGACAUGCAUAUAUACACAGAUAUAUGUACAAAUGCAUACAUAUAUGUAUAAAUACAUAUACACAUAGUAUAGUACAGCUAUGUAGGGACACCUGACAAUCAAUGAAGCAAACAACUUUUGAGUGUGAAGGAUGAAGAUCCUCCAGUAAAGAUGUCAAAGUUAUGCUGCCAUACUGAAAUGCCACAUCCUGUAUUGAUAAUGUCACUGUAGAUGUUAUUAUUAGGUCAAGCAAUUAGGUUAUUAGGUCACACAGUGUACCGUUGUUUUCCUUACCUCAGGUGUGAUUAAUUUACUUUUCCCACACACACCAUAUCUCAGACUAAAAACUCCAUGUGGGUUAACUUUUACAACACGCUGCCAUGUCAGCAAAAAUGCAUCACAUUUGUAUUUAUAUCUUGCUGACUCGUGCUGAAAAUAUCCAAAACAGGCUGGCUCCACAAAACAAAUGGAAGUCACACUGCUAACUGCCCAGAGAGCAGGAGCAAGGACUUCCUGCAUGUACAGAGUGAGUGAAGGACUACACACACACAUACAUACACACACACACACACACACACACACACACACACACAGACACACACACACUCUCUCCCUCUGUGUUUGACCUUCAUUGUAAAUAAACAAAUAUUUUCAGCUUGGGGUUUGAGUCACAGAUGUGAUAUGUUGACAUGAAAAGACAGGUGAUGUCACAUAAAUCAUUUACAGUCAGUGCUGACAUCACAACCUCUCUGGGGAAACUGGAAACACACACAAAUUCUUUCUCUCUCUGAUCUGAGUGACUUUCACCUGUUCUUUCCGUCUUCCACUAAAUGCAGGUUAUUGGAGACUCUGAAUUGCACUUUAAUUUCUCCUUCAGGUUGUUGAGUGGCAAUUUCUGAAACGACAGACACGAAAAACAAAAAAUAAAAAA